GUAGAACAAUGCCUGAAGCGCCUAUGGAAAAUGAACUUGUUGGGCUGCAUUGAAACUCUGGCAGAACUGAUUCCCAAGAAAAGUACAUCCCAAGCCCAUGCAGAGUUUCUAGUUCCCAGCCAGCCUAUGCUAGAAACGGUGGCUCUGAAGGUAUUGGGAGGUUGCAAGCUCAUACUGCGUCUACUGGACUGUUGCUGUAAAGCAUUUCUCUUGUCCGUUAAACAUCUGUGCUCAGAAGAAUUCAUACUUUUGAACACCUUGGCUUCGGGGUUGUUGAGCCGGCUAUGGAUUCAGUACAGGUGCGUACUGCAGAGCCUCGUGUCCUUGUAUGGUGUCCUGUUGACAUCACUUCAUCUGGUAGCUGAGACCCAACAGAUGCCUUAUAUCAAGGGGUUUACCUUCCCUUCUGAUAUCAGUGACUUCCUUGGAGUUAACAUUUCUUCUGAGAUGAGGAAGCAAAAGGCUAGAAUGCGCACAACAAAAAAAACUACCAGCUGGCUUAAGAAGCUCUUCCCAGCAAUGCCAGAGACAGCGUUGGACACUGAGAAAAAGAGAAAUUUCGCAGCCUGCGCGAGCGCUGUGAAAAAACAUAAUGUCCCAGGUGCUGCAGACGUGGGAAAGCCAGUUCUGGUGACCAGAGCCAGCAGAGGUAAGCACCAGGUGUUUGAUGUGAAGAGCUUACUUAGACGAUCCAGACCUCCAGCACAAGAGGGUACAAGUAUUACAUCAACACCUUUUAAAGCAAAGUUGGCAUCACUUCCCUCUCGAAUAGCAAAAUCACGUGAUAUGGGAUCUCUUGUACAGAUGGUCCAAACAGCUGCCUCGUUUGGGGAACUGUCAGAGGCACUCAGAAAAGCUAUUCUGUGGUGCAAAGGCAACAAAUUCAAAUCAGAAGCUUAUUUUCUGCGUAACAAGUUGUUGAAAAGCAACCGGCUGCAUCACGUGGAAGUUCAAGGAUGCAGCUUGAAGAAGAAACUGAGCUGUGUCAAAACAUCUAUCCGUAAAUACCUCCUGUAUGGGUCACAGAAUGCACGCUGGCCAAAGCAGUACCUCGGGGCACGGGUCUGUCGAAGGAGGGUCAGAUCAUCCACACGCUUGGAGAGAACUCUGAAGGCUGUUCAGCAAAAACCUUCUGAGCUUCUUGAGGUCUGUGAGAACAGCGCAUCGCCCAUCCUCCCAGCUUACCAGGAUCGGCCUCUGGGUCAGGAAGGACAUUCCAGUGCUGACACAGGCCCUGUCAGACUAAGCACAGCAGGGACCCCAAAGUGGCUGCUGCUGGAAGGAACCCCUGGUCCUGUGUGGAAAGAAACUGCUGAGAAUGUGGAUAUUGAUUCUAUUUUUGCAGUGAUGGGCAUCUGA